AUGUCUAAGAUAACUAUUGUUUCUGGUGAUCAACCAGGAAUUGAGAGAGCAGCAUUAGAUGUUGCUUUGGAAAAUCAAUUAAAGAUUGAAGGUUAUUGUUUACCAGAAAGAUUGGCAGAAGAUGAAGCUCUCCCAGAAAGAUAUCCACUUAAACCAUUAGAUUCUAAAUUAUACUCAGAAUCAAAUAGUUCUUUAUACUCAAUAAGAAAUGAAGAAAAUUUUAAACUUGCUGAUAAAAUGUUAGUUUUGAAUAUACCAAAUAUAAAAUUUGAUAAUGAAAAACUUCCUGUUAUUGAAGGAAAAGAAUCAAAAAUUAUUCUUCUUGAAGAGAAGAAUUUUGAAGAAAACAUUCAGUUAAUUACUGAAUGGCUUAAAAGAAAAAAAUUAAAAGUUGCGGUUAAAUUAUUGAAUAAUUCUAAAGAUAUCACGGAUGAUUUUUUAAAUGAUUUUUUAAGAGAGAUCGAAUUUCAUUAUAAAUAUUCAUCCAUCAAUUUAUAUGGCCUAACCCAAGAUCAAGAUACAAAAAAUUACAUGAUGGUUUUAAAAUUUGCUGAUAAUGGUAAUCUUCGGCAUUACCUUGAAUCAAAAUUUAAAGAACUCGAUUGGCAUACAAAAUUGUUUUUUUUACAAAAGAUUAGUGACGAAUUAGUUUUGAUCCAUAAAAAUGAAAGUGUACAUCGUGAUCUACACAGUGGUAACAUUUUAAUACACAGUAACCAUUAUCCUUGUAUUUCAGAUUUAGGAUUGGCCAGACAUGCUAAUAUAAAUAUUGAAGAAAAAGACAUUUAUGGAGUAUUACCUUACGUUGCUCCAGAAGUUCUAUGUAGAAAACCAUAUGAAAAGGCUUCUGAUAUUUAUAGUUUUGGGAUCCUGAUGACUGAAAUUUCUUCAGGAAAACCACCACAUUGGAAAGUUCCGCAUGAUAUUUCUCUUGCAUUAGAAAUAAUCAACGGCUUGCGUCCUAAAUUUGGAAAAGGAACCCCAAAAAUCUAUAUUAAAUUAGCAUACCAAUGUAUGGAUGCUGACCCUUCCAAGAGACCGACUGCGGGCGAUUGUUAUGAAUUGAUAAAUUCUUGGUGCGAUACAUUGAGAUAUAAUGUCAAGAGAGAAGAGGAAAUUUCAAUCAGAAAUGCAUUUUUAUCUGCAGAUAAAAAAGGUUCUGGUUCAUCUUCAAGUUUGCAAACUUAUUCAAAUGACAAAUAUACCAGUAAACUCCUAGAUGGCGUAUAUACAAGCAAACUUAUUGACUUCAAAGAACUUCCAAAACCUAAAAAUUCAGACAAAUUAUUAGAAUUAACCCAAGAAUUAACAAAUACGCAAGAUUUUGAAAUUUCCUCAGAUGAAGAAAAAUAUAAUGGUGAGCUUUGA